GCUCCAUUGACGAGGUCGUGGACAGUGUGGAAACCACCGAGGAACUUCUUCAAUUGCUCCUACUUACUUCGCUUCAUCCGUCAACAAAGCAGUUGCAGCAUUCGCUCGGGGUCCUUUUUCCGAUCAGCGUCCCGACAGAGGUGAUCGAGUCAGUGAACCAAAAUAGCGUGACAUCUGUUUGCGAGGUCAUGAAGAAUGCCAUGAUCAAACUCCGCUCAUUGGUUCAUCGUGCAAUUGAAUCCCCAGUUUCUUCUAAAUUCCUUGAUCAGCUUACUGCCAUUCAGUUCUCAAUGGCUCUUCUGAUUCUGCUUGAAAUCGAUCGAUUGCUGGAUAUUCGUUUACAAGAUGUACCCAGUAUUAUGCCUCAAUGGACGUAUCGAGUUCCAUCUCUAUGCACAAGUGGAUGCAAUCAAACAAUUCGAUUGGAAACUCUGUCACAAUUGCUUGAUCUUACACUCUCAUUGUUUCCCGAGGGUACAAGUCCAGUAACAGCUCCUCCUAUGCUCCACGUUUUGUCGGACCCAAGGUGUAUGGAUCAGCCAAUCAUCACUGAUGGUAAGCUUAUAUAUUGCUGUAAUUCUCUUNUUCUUUACUGA